UCUGAGUUUUAGGUUUUCCAGAGGGUCAUUACUACUUAAAAGCGACCUUAUCAGGGAUUUCACUUCAUUCUGGAACUGUCCACCCUGAGGGUGGGCUGUACAUUAACACCCUGCAGCCACCUGUGCAGAAGGCAAGGCGAAGGUUCUCUUCCCGAUACGGGGGGUGUGGGCUGGCCUUUGAUACGUGAAGUGAAUCCUGGUGAGAAAAACUUUUGAUACAUCAUCAAAGGCAUUGUUUUUCCAAGAUGGUUUGUCAGACAUCUCUUUAUCCUUGUUCUGUAAACAUUCUGGGGCCCAACAGACAUUUUGCUACUGCUACAAAGCCUGCAAAGAAAACAAAAAAAGGGGCUAAAGACAAAGUACAAGAUGAAAAAAAAGAUGACAUAGAAAAAAUAAAGUCAUAUUCUUACAUGGAAGGGGAGCCUGAGGAUGACGUAUAUUUAAAACGGUUAUACCCAAGGCAGAUAUACGACGUGGAGAAAGCUAUUCCCUUACUUAAGAAAUUUCAGAUUCUUGACUUUACUAAUCCAAGCCAAGGUGUUUAUCUUGAUUUGACAUUGGAUAUAGCACUGGGAAAGAAGAAAAAAGUGGAACCAUUUGCCAGUGUUAUUAGGUUACCACACCCAUUCUCUUCAGAAAUCAAUAAAGUUGCUGUAUUUACAGGGAAUGCAGAAGAGGUUAAAAUAGCAGAAGAAAAUGGAUCUGCUUUUGCAGGAGGAACUGACCUGAUUCAGAAGAUUUUGGAUGAUGAAAUUGAUGUUGACUUUUAUGUAGCUGUCCCAGAAAUAAUGCCUGAGCUUCACCCAUUAAAGAAGAAACUGAAAAAAAGAUUCCCAAGGCUUAGUCAAAAUUCUGUUGGCCGUGACAUCCCCAAAAUGCUUGAACUGUUUCAAUAUGGACUUGAAAUUAAGGUAGAUAAAGAAAGAGAGAACUUUCUGAAGACCAAAAUAGCAACAUUGGAUAUGUCGAGUGACCAGAUCAUUGCCAAUCUGCAAGCAGUUAUUGAUGAAGUUUGUAAGCACAGACCACUGAGUUUGGGUCCCUUUGUGGUACGUGCUUUCCUUCGUUCUUCAACAAGUGAAGGUUUGUUACUAAAAAUGGAUCCGUUUUUGCCUAAGGAAGUAAAAACUGAAGAAAGUAACAAAGAAACUGCCUAAAUGUGGUGAACUGUGAAAUCAUUUUUAGUGGAUGAAGCAACAGAGAAAAUUGUAAGACUUAUAAAACUGCGUAUUUUCUAUGUUUGGUUUCUUAUGUCUUAUUCUUUCUCAACCAUCAUAUUUGAAAGUGAAUUUCAACACUGGAAAAUCUUACAACAAUUUCAAGAAUAAGAAAAUAAAAUUUUCCCUGCGUCUGAACCUGCCUUUUCAAUCCUAUCACGUUUUCUUCCUUAAAACCAGCGUGUAAUACUGGUAAUUAUAGCAGCAAUUUCUAGCUUACUAACCUUCCCUCGGGAGCUAUAACCAUCAGAGGGAACAGUUGCAUCCUCAGUUCCCCUAAGGCAGAGUCACGAGCUAC